AUGCGUAUUCUGUCACCAAGUCCACCUUUUCAUAAUGCAGCACGUUCAACGAAAAAAUCCACACGGGAUUUGAUUAUUCAGGGUUUUCAACGUGUUGUACAAUUACUUGAUUCAAUAGAGACAAUUACAAUUGAAGAUAAAUUAAAUGGACUUGAGCAAAUAAUUAAAUUAAACCAGAAUUUUCCUAAUGAAAAGAUGAAAUCAAUUGUUCAAUUUACAAUUUCAAGUGAAAAUACGAAUGAAUUAGAUUCAUGGAUUGGUUGGAUCAAAUCACGUUUAUCGUUCUUUUUCAGUGACUGUGAAGAAACAUGUCAUUAUACUUUUCAAUCACAAAAUGCAAUAGAAUAUCAGUCGAAUAAGAACGAAGCACGCUAUGCUAUUGCUUUUCAUGUUCAAUCAACAACAUUACAACAAUGUCCACAAUUUACUAUUUGUUUACAAAAGUUGAGUGAUCAAGUGAAUUCAUUUUCAAAUCGAACACCAUCAAUGAAGUUUGAUCAUAAAAUAAUGUCAAUAGAUAACUGGAAACUUGAACAAAUGAAACAUAGCAAUAGAUAA